UGUUGUAGUGUGUGGUACUGGCAUGAAUCUGUGAGUGAACACAACAAUUUGCAAUCAUGAAGCUGACACCAAAAAGGCUGCAAACCGCAGCUAAGAUGCUGGACUUUUAUUCUCAGUUCAAUCCUUCUCCGCUAUCAAUUAAAAAGUUUAUCGAUUUUGGUCUGAACGCAUCCGAGCAAAAAUCCUUCGUGUUCUUGCGCAAGGAACUGCCAGUCAGACUUGCCAACAUAAUGAAGGAAAUCGCUCUUCUGCCAGAGAAUCUGUUGAGGAUGCCGUCGGUCGUGGCCGUAAACGAUUGGUACAUGAGAAGUUUCCAGGAGAUCAUCGAGUUCGAGAAGCGCGAUCCCAAUCAGCAAACGAUGGAGCAUUUCUGUAGCGAACUUGUCAAGAUCAGGAAUCGACAUACGGACGUCGUAGAGACGAUGGCACAAGGUGUCUUGGAACUUAAGGAAUCGCAUGACGUCGAUCACCAUACCGAGCAUAGCAUCCAGUAUUUUUUGGAUCGGUUCUACAUGUCCAGGAUAUCUAUUAGGAUGUUAAUCAAUCAGCACACCUUAUUAUUCGGUGGUCAAUUGGAGAACGCUCCGGGUCCCAACCGGAGCAAAUACAUUGGAUGCAUAGACACCCAAUGCGACAUAGUGAGUGUGGUGAAAGAUGCAUACGAAAACGCUCGUUUCUUAUGCGAUCAAUAUUAUUUGGCCUCACCUGAUCUGAUCAUCAACGAAACCCAACACAAACAAUUAGAAGAAGAGGAGUGCAUAAACAUAGUCUACGUGCCGUCGCAUUUGUAUCACAUGUUAUUCGAAUUGUUCAAGAACUCGAUGAGAGCUGUAAUGGAGUACCACGGUUCGCAGGACUCCUAUCCUCCCAUCACCGUGACGAUUGCCAAAGGCAAGGAGGACAUAUGUUUGAAGAUGUCCGACAAGGGCGGCGGCAUAGCACGUUCAACUACUGACCACUUAUUCAAGUAUAUGUACUCUACAGCACCUCAGCCUAGCAAAUCUGAUGCUCAUACUGUACCACUGGCCGGAUACGGGUACGGAUUGCCCAUAUCCAGAUUGUACGCUCGAUACUUCCACGGUGAUUUAAUUCUUCUUUCCUGUGAGGGAUACGGAACUGAUGCGGUUAUAUAUAUGAAGGCUUUAACCAAUGAAGCAAAUGAGUUGUUACCGAUCUUCAACAAGACAACAUCGAGGUUCUACAGAACCGUGACCCAGAACAAUGAUUGGUCAAAUCAAGCAACCAACAUCGGUGACAGACAGAUGAGCCAAAAUAUCAAACAGCACAGACUGCCGCAAUCGUGUCAAGAGUCCAUGACGAACGCUUUGUAAUCGAUAUCACACAUAUAUCAAAUAUUAGUGUCGCGUAUUAACAAAUUCAAUCAAUAGUUUUUGAAGAUAAGUGAAAAGUUGGUUGUCUGAUAAUACGUUUUUUAAUUGAUUUGACAUGUUUGUUACAAUUGAUUUGUAUUAUAAGUUGCGCAGUUAUACUUGUUUAAGUAAAUGCUGGGUUUCAGAACUGUAAACUUUGGUUACGUUGAUACUUAUAUUAUUGCAAAUUUUUAAAAUUUGUUGCCUCUUGUAUAUAAAUUAUUAUGUUUCCUUUUUUAUGUAAAUAUGUAUUAUUUAAGAAUGUAAAAACUGUAAAUAGGUAAAUUGGAGUUCUUUAGGCUCAAAUUAUGCUUUAAACAUUGAUUGUAAAUGUGAUUUUAUUGAUGGGUGAUUUAAGAAUAUACUUGUAUGUUUCUUUGUUAAA